AUGCUGGGCGAUAGUCAAACUCCAACAGGUAAGCGCUCGGGCGAAUCCACACCCACACCGCAGUCAAGAGAAAAAACAGCCACCCACCGCACAACACCGGGGAGUACCACAGAAACACCAGAAACCACCACAAUUCCCCCAAAGGCCAACACCGACACAUCCACCCAACAAGAAGACUCCAACAACUCUCGCAAGUACGUCUUUGUAGAUGGACCCGUCGAUCCCAAUUUAACGCUCAUUCGCUAUGAUGUUCCCUUCGCCCCAUCGGAUCCAAAACGUUCCUAUCGUCUUCGUCAACGACUCGGACUCCCAUUAGAGCAGCGAACGGUGGAUCCCAAUGUGCGGGUGGUGAUUGACACUUUUAUUCCCCCACGGGCCUGGCGGGAUGAGAUGGGAGUCUUGUGGGUCCAGCACGGCAGUCCAUAUCCCGCCUCCCGCACCGACACCGUAGAAACACAUGAGAAACUACGCCGUAGAUUAGAAGAAACAGGCGCCAAACGAACAGGAAUUUGUCCUAUUCGUUCUUUAUUAUUAGCAGAGUGUUUUCUAGAAGUGAUUCGACAAGUUACGGCGGAGUGUUGGGAGCGGGGAUUACUUCUCUUGCAUAUACAUAGUGAACGUAUUGCGGCUCAAACUGCACAUCGAGAGUUGUUUGAGUCACGUGUGGGUCAUGCCUUUCGAUUAGCGCUGAAAGGUGAAAAGGAUACAAGUCGUGUACAAAAUGAUAUUGCCAAAUUACGAGAACGCAUGGAGGCACUUGCGGAGGAGGAGAAACAAUUACGUCAGAAGUGUGAUGAACUCUCUACAAAGGGUGAGGAACAAAUGUUGAUAUUAGAAAAAAUACAAGGUGAUGAGAUUGCCGCUAUUAAGAAGGAGGGAAUGCAGAAACGACAUCAACUAGAACAGAUGAUUGCACUACCUCCACCUCUAUAG